AAGCUUCGUGUCAUCAACUUCUUUUCUAUCACGAGCAAUUGACAACAUGGGAAACGAAAAGGAGCUCGUGCUGUUUGGAGGUGACAAGGGCUGGAAUGCUUCAGAUUGGACAGCGAGCGAUGACCGGGUCCGCGGGGGGAAGUCGCAGUCUUACCUUGACAUUGAAGGUUGUUCGGCGCGUUUUCACGGUAACCUCGACAUCACGGCUCUCGGUGGCGCCGGCUUUGCCAGCCAACGCACUACGGGGGAUGAUCGAUCCUGGAACCUAUCCGGCUACGAUGGCAUCUAUCUCACCUUAGGAAAGCACGAUGGCAAGAAGUAUACGUUGACGCUCAAAGACGAAAUCUUGCCACUUAUGGCAGAUGGCCGAGAACAAUCUUCGCUCAGCUACGAGUAUGAUUUCGAUUCCAAGGACGAGAUGGAGAUUUUUGUGCCAUGGCAGGCGAUGAAGCCGACGUAUCGCGGAAGGGAACAGGAAGAUGCGAAACCUUUGAACAAAGAGAGUGUCAAAAGGAUGAGUUUAAUGAUGAGGAGUUUCUUCGCACAGCAGGAAGGCGAUUUUGACCUCACCAUCAAUUCUAUCGGUGCUAUCUCGCAACCCAGCGAUGUCGAGAAGGGGAUCAGUUACCGCCCACGAGGCGUCGUUAUCGGCGAUCAGGAGGUUUGGUCAUGGAAAAACUCCAACCUUGUCGGACUGGCACUCAUUCUGGGGUCAGCUUGGGCUAUCUCCGCUGGAUAUUGCUGGUUCAAGGGUUAUGAUAUGAGUUUCAUGAGGUUCAAGAGGUGGUGGUUUGUUGUAAAGAAGUAAUCUCGUCGCCGGUCCUGUGAAGGUAUCACUUCCAAACGAUAUACUACGUCCAAUGCUGGAAACAAACUGUAAAUUCCUAUCACCAUUAAAUUACCACUAAAGAAAUAGUGAAGAAUGCCGAUAUCAUCUG